AUGAUUCCAAGUUUGUCCAUUGCUGUAACCAGGCCAAGACUAGUUUCAAGAGCUACCACUCAGACUGCAUCGGAAAACCAGCUGAUGCACAACUCAACUGCCGUAUACCGCUUGUUGGCCCAUGUACUCGAACACGACUGCGUUGUAACAUCUGCUGCGACCUUGACAUCGCGAGUUUUUGACGUGAUUAGCAGAGAAAGACAAAUGAAGGAUAGGACAUGGGAUUUCACAUCCAAUUUCGAGACGAGAUUAGGUAACCGAAUUUCAGUGCGCGUAUGGCGGUAA